GCCUUUUUUUGUUCACGGUCAUAUGCCGAGCGGUGUGCUUACUCGCCGUCGAGUCUCGACACCAUCCUGCUCCUUCUUCGACCACGACCUCCAUGCGACGAGCAACAUCCUCUCUCCUCCGGAGCAGCUUGCGACGACAACGACGAGCGUAUUCCGUCGUUUCUACCGAUGCCAAUCCGCCUGUGAAGAUCACUGCCCUCCCAAACAAAAUCCGUGUCGCAACAGAGUCGACACCUGGGCAUUUCUCGGCAGUAGGCCUCUAUGUCGACGCAGGGUCUCGCUAUGAGACACCGUCAACGUCGGGCGUGAGCCAUUUCCUGGACAGGAUGGCCUUCAAGACCACCAGCUCCCGGUCGGACGAGGAGAUGGCGCAAGCCAUUGACAAACUUGGUGGUCAGAUCCUGUGCUCGUCUUCGCGCGAGUCCAUCAUGUACCAGUCGUCGCACUUCCACGCGGCGACGCCUCUUGCAAUGUCUCUCAUUGCGGACACGGCGCUGCAGUCGUCCUUCCUCCCCGAAGAGAUUGUCGCACAACGAGAGGCCGCUCGCUACGAGAUCAGGGAGGUGAGUGCAAAGCCAGAGAUGAUACUCCCGGAGAUUCUCCACGAGGUCGCGUACGACGGCAAGACACUGGGGAACCCGCUGCUCUGUCCCGAGCACCGAAUCGACCUCAUUGACCAGCCGACCCUGAACGGGUUCAUGAAGCAGUGGUACCGUCCGGAGCGUAUGGUCAUUGCAGGCGCGGGCAUGCCGCACGAGGAACUGGUCGAGCUCGCUGACAAGUACUUUUCGUCAUUAACCGCCUCACCCUCACCAUCUACAUCCUCCUCACGGUCGUCUGCACAACAAGUACCCUCGCAGCUUCUGCACUCCUCUUCGACACCCACACCAUUCAAGUCGCUCACCCGCGCAGCAUCCUCAUAUCUCUACCCCACGUCUGGCGUUGAUGCCGCACUAAGUCCGGAGUCGUCCGCUGCGACGUACACCGGCGGCUCGCACUUCAUCCACAACCCGUCGUCCGAGUUCAACCACGUGUACCUCGCGUUCGAGGGCGUGGGCAUCCACGACGACGACGUCUAUACGCUGGCGACGAUGCAGGUGCUGCUCGGCGGCGGGGGCAGCUUCUCCGCGGGCGGCCCGGGCAAGGGCAUGUACUCGCGCCUGUACACGCACAUCCUGAACCACUACCCGCAGAUCGACCACUGCGCGUCGUUCCACCACAUCUACACGGACUCGUCGCUGUUCGGGCUGUUCGCGUCGUUCGUGCCCGCGGCGGGGCGCCACUCUGCGGGGAAUACGCCCUCGCAGAUCUUCCCGCACCUCGUGCACCAGCUCUCGCUGCUGCUGUACACGCCCAUCAGCGAGACGGAGCUCCAGCGCGCGAAGAACCAGCUGCAGAGCAGCCUCAUGAUGGCGCUUGAGAGCCGUGCCGUCGAGGUGGAGGACCUCGGCCGCCAGGUGCUCGUGCACAACCGCAAGGUGCCCGUCAGCGAGAUGUGCGCGAAGAUCGACGCGGUGAGCGCGAAGUCGUUGCGCAGGGUCGCGCAGAGGAUCUUCAGCCCGGAGCAGGCGAAGCGCGCUACGGUUGUCACCAUGGGUCGGGAGGAUCUUCCGGACAGGGAUGCGACGCUGAGGAAGUAUGGCGUCGGAGGCGCGGUUUGAGGGAGGGGUCGUGCAUUGUAUCAUGUUAUCAGUACAACAGUCAACUAAUACACCGCACAUAUCACGCGUACAAU